CUGCCCAAGUCUUUGGAGCCGGGAACGACCCAAAACUCAGAGAGAAAAAAAAAAAAAAAAAAAAUCCUUGGGUUCUUUCUUCUCUUGCAAAGAUCUGAAAUCAAAGCCCUAAGCUUUGCUUCGCUUUCAAUGGCGCAUCGAAGAACAAAUAUCUUGUUCCUCCUCUGCUCUCUGUGCUUCGCCUUCUCCGCCAUUGCAGGGAAGAGUUACUACGAUAUACUGCAGGUGCCACGUGGCGCGCAGGACGAGCAGAUCAAGAGGGCGUAUCGGAAGCUCGCGUUGAAGUACCAUCCCGAUAAGAACCCGGGAAAUGAGGAGGCUAAUAAGCGAUUCGCCGAGAUUAACAACGCGUACGAGGUGUUGUCGGAUAGCGAGAAGAGGAAUAUAUACGAUAGGUAUGGGGAAGAGGGACUGAAACAGCAUGCGGCUAGUGGAGGAGGCAGAGGUGGUGGAGGAAUGAACAUCCAAGACAUUUUUAGCCAGUUUUUCGGUGGAGGCCAAAUGGAAGAGGAAGAGACAAUUUCUAAAGGUGAUGAUGUGAUUGUCGAAUUGGACGCAAGUUUGGAAGAUUUAUACAUGGGAGGCUCUUUGAAGGUUUGGAGGGAGAAAAACAUUUUAAAGCCAGCCCCGGGCAAGAGACGUUGUAACUGUAGAAACGAGGUCUAUCACAAGCAAAUAGGUCCCGGGAUGUUCCAACAGAUGACAGAGCAGGUCUGCGAGCAAUGCCCAAAUGUCAAAUAUGAAAGGGAGGGAUAUUUUGUCACUGUUGAUAUAGAGAAAGGGAUGCAGGAUGGGCAAGAGGUCGUUUUCUAUGAAGAUGGUGAGCCUAUAAUAGAUGGAGAACCUGGAGAUUUAAAGUUUCGUAUCCGCACAGCCCCCCAUGAUCUCUUUGUAAGGGAAGGCAAUGACUUGCACACAGCUGUCACUAUAACACUGGUUCAAGCCCUAGUUGGUUUUGAGAAGACAAUCAAACAUCUUGAUGACCAUUUGGUGGACAUCAGCACAAAGGGAAUUACUAAGCCCAAAGAAGUGAGGAAGUUCAAAGGGGAGGGUAUGCCAUUGCAUUUUAGCACAAAGAAAGGGGAUCUUUAUGUGACAUUUGAGGUUCUAUUCCCGGCCUCUCUAACACAGGACCAGAAGGAGAAGAUCAAGGCAGUUUUUGCUUAGGAGAUAGGCGAACCGAUUUUGUUUAGAUGUACCCAUUGUAACAUGAUGACGAUAAGUCGAUAAUAUAGAAAAAUUCAACGGCCCCUUAGGUUUCUCCCUUUCCUAUUUAACUCUUUUUCCUUUUUGUUUUGGUUUAGUAUUUUCGAAGCCGUUUCGGCAUAAUAUUUUGUCUCUAUUUGCGGUAUAGUGUCUCCCUUGUUUGAGGAGAACUACAAUAGAAACUGCAAGCAUUAAAUUUACUGAGAAAUAUUUCAUUCUUGUUAU